AUGGCAAACUGGAAUUUAUCGAGAGAGAAAGAAAGAAAAGGAAUUGCAGAAAUUGUAGAAAUUGUAGAACUGUUCUUGGAGCCCAACAUGGCCGUUGAUUAUAAAGGGCAGCAUUUUGAGUUCAUCCCAUUUCGUUCUGGCCGUCGGAUGUGCCCUGCUGUGCCACUAGUCUCUAGGGUACUCCCUCUGGCUCUAGGGUCACUCUUGCACUCGUUUGAUUGGGUUUUACCAGAAGGGCUUGAGCCAGAGAAUAUGGAUAUGGCUGAGAGGAUGGGAAUCACUCUUAGAAAAUCUGUCCCUUUGAAGGUUAUACCUAUACCUUACAAAGGGAAUGUGGGAUGCUCAAUCUAA